AUGGGGGUAGAGGGCUGCACCAAGUGCAUCAAGUACCUGCUCUUCGUCUUCAAUUUCGUCUUCUGGCUGGCUGGAGGUGUCAUCCUCGGUGUUGCACUGUGGCUCCGCCAUGACCCACAGACUACCAACCUCCUCUACCUGGAGCUCGAAGACCGGCCGGCACCCAACACCUUCUAUGUGGGCAUCUACAUCCUCAUCGCUGUGGGUGCUGUGAUGAUGUUUGUGGGCUUCCUGGGCUGCUACGGAGCUAUCCAGGAGUCCCAGUGCCUGCUGGGAACGUUCUUCACCUGCCUGGUGAUUCUGUUUGCCUGUGAAGUGGCCGCUGGCAUCUGGGGCUUUGUCAACAAGGACCAGAUUGCCAAGGAUGUAAAGCAGUUCUAUGACCAGGCCCUCCAGCAGGCUGUACUGGACGAUGAUGCCAGCAACGCCAAGGCUGUGGUGAAGACCUUCCAUGAGACGCUGAACUGCUGUGGCUCUAAUGCACUGGCCACACUGGUCACCUCGCUGACCAAGAACAACCUGUGCCCCACGGGCAGUAACAUCAUCACCAACCUCUCCAAGGACUGUCACCAGAAGAUCGAUGACCUCUUCUCCGGGAAGCUGUACCUGAUCGGCAUUGCAGCCAUUGUGGUGGCUGUGAUCAUGAUCUUCGAGAUGAUCCUGAGCAUGGUGUUGUGCUGUGGCAUCCGCAACAGCUCCGUGUACUGA